AUGGCAACCGCUGGCGCGCGCCUCUGCGCCAUCGACCACAUCAUGAGCGACAUUGCUCGCUACUGCGACCGCCCAACACUUGUACAACUCAUGUGCGUCAACAAGCGCACCUUCAAGCUUGCGGCUCGUCCCCUGUAUCACACUGUAUCCAUCUUCGAAUUUACAAUCGAAUCCUUCAUGGAUGGCACGCCAGGCAAGACGUGCAGUUGCGACUUGUGCUUGGAAAUGUUCAAGCAAGACUUUGGCUUUACGGAUAACACUGGCCAAUUUGCUCCCACUGGAAACCGUGACUGCAAGAGAGGCUUGACCGAAGCGGAUGUUCUUGCCGGCAGAAUGGCCAAUGCCACUCUUAACGAUGAAUCGUCUUCAAGCACUUCUGCGGCCUCGGACGUGUCCAACGGCGACGACGAUGAGGAUGAACCAGAGAUCGUUCUCCCUAUCCCCAAGAAAGAGCUUUUAAGCUACGUCCGUGUUUUGUCGCUCGGUAGCCACCACUACUCCUACUGUUCGGUGUACGGAGAGCGUCUCGCCAAGUAUCUCACCAACCUGGACGUCCUGCGCAUUGUGGAGGUCCCCAGCUGGUUCCCUACGAGGACCAAUCCGCUUUGCACACUCCCACCGUUCGAGACGUGCCGCAUCAUUGCCCAACUCAAACCUCGCAAGCUCGUCCUUCGCAACGUCUCCAGUUGCUUUCUUCCAGUUGAGCAGGCUUGGAGCAUUCCAGAGGAGACCAAGGAAGUCGUGGUCGUCCUCCCAACCGUGCACCUGCGCUACGCGGGUCCGAAUGGCAAAGGACCCCAAAAUCUGUCCACCUCCUAUAUGGGUCAGUUUUCCACCGCCGAAUCGCUCAAGAUCGUAUUUUGGCCCGAGUGGGAUGACUCCUUCCUUCAAAACCCACUUGCAAAGGCCUACGAGAUCGAACGCCAGGGCAGUCACAUUGUUGGCGAGUUCAACCGCCAGGCUCCUCUUUUCGUCGACCACAUUGCCGAAGUUCUGCGGUCGUUCUGCUACGCGCGCAACGCGUUGCUUGGUGGCAGCGCGCCCCUUGUCUCAGUCUACGGCUUUGGAAACGUGCCCCUCACCAACGAGCACCAGGGCAAGAACAUCUCCGACCUCGUCACCCAGCACUACAAGACCCACCCCAACGGUCCCGCUCCUGACCUCCACAGGCUUGCCAAGGCCGUUGUUUCCGCCAAGAUGAUUAGUGUCGCGAUGAGCAUGGGGAGGAAGCAGUCCAUCCAUCUGGGCUCGUGUCCGGUCAAAUGGUAUACUAUGUCAAGCUAUGAGAACAAUCUCAGCAACCGCAAGGCCGAGAUUGACGAGUUCGACUGA